AUGGACCCCCCAAGGCAAUGCCCCUCCCCCAGCUCAUCAAGGCCCAUCAGCCCCAGGACCCCGUCCUGCGAGAUGCUUGGUUAUGUGGGCAUCGAGGCCGUGCUGGACCAAAUGAAGAUCAAGGCCAUGAAGAUGGGUUUUGAGUUCAACAUCAUGGUGGUGGGGCAGAGUGGGCUGGGCAAGUCCACGAUGGUGAACACACUGUUCAAGUCCAAAAUGUGGAAGACCACCCCCCCGGGUCUGGCGCUGGGGCCCAUUCCCCAGACGCUGCAGCUGCACUCAGUGACCCAUGUCAUCGAGGAGAAAGGCGUGAAGCUCAAGCUGACCGUGACCGACACGCCUGGCUUUGGGGACCAAAUCAACAAUGACAAGUGCUGGGACCCCAUCCUGGGCUACAUCAAUGGACAGUACGAGCAGUACCUGCAGGAGGAGAUCCUCAUCACCCGCCAGCGCCACAUCCCCGACACCCGGGUGCACUGCUGUGUGUACUUUGUGGCGCCCACAGGGCACAGCCUGCGGCCCCUGGACAUUGAGUUCCUGCAGCGGCUCUGCCGGACUGUGAACGUGGUGCCCGUGAUCGCUCGGGCGGACAGCCUGACCGUGGAGGAGCGAGAGGACUUCAGGCGCAGGAUCCAGCACAACCUGAGGACUCACAGCAUCGAUGUGUACCCACAGGAAUGCUUCGAUGAGGACAUCAAUGAUAAGAUCCUCAACUGCAAGAUCCGGGACCGGAUCCCCUUUGCUGUGGUCGGGGCUGACCGAGAGCACCUGGUGAAUGGGAAGUAUGUGCUGGGCCGGAAGACAAAGUGGGGCAUUGUUGAAGUGGAGAACAUGAAGCACUGUGAGUUUCCCCUCCUGAGAGACCUGCUCAUCCGCUCCCACCUCCAAGACCUGAAGGACAUCACACACAAUGUCCACUAUGAGAACUACCGUGUCUGCAGACUCAACGAAAGCCACAUGCUGCCCCGGGGGCCCGGCUGGGUGAACCUGGACCCGGCUCCUGCCAAUUCCCCGGCCAAUUCCCCGGCCAAUUCCCCGGCCAUCCCUGGGCCCUCAAAGGUGUGCCGAUGGGCCCAGGACACUCCCUCAGAGGAGUACUGA